AUGAUCCAUAGUACCAGAGCUGCUGCAAACACUGUUUGCAGCAAACUGAGAAUGUCCGUCUUGCUCAAUUUUGUUUCUGUACGAUAUCGAACUCGAAUCACUGAAUGGUAUGCCUCAGAAGUAAUCACAGAUAGAAAGUCCAAAUUUCAAGCAAGACAUGUCCCAAUCACCGACGAACAGGAAAUACCCGUUAUAUUGGAACAACUAUUACAGGACCACAAGAAUAUCUCCCGUUCGAGCCAUCCGCAUAUAAUAGCAUGGAGAACUGGCCAAAUUUCCCAGGUACUACCUCCACCAACACAUCCCAAAUCCAAAAAACGAAAAGAACCCCUAACAGACCAUGAAACUGGGAAAGAGGUUAAGUAUCAUAAUAUCAGUCAGGGUUUUAAAGAUAAUGGCGAAAAAGGUGCCGGGUCAAAAUUACUACAACAGGUCUUAGUGCACCAUAACCUAAUAAAUAUAUUGGUGAUUGUCACUCGCUGGUACGGUGGCAGCCCUCUAGGUUCCCUGCGAUUUAGACACAUAAUCAAUGCAUCCCUAGAUAGUCUACGUAAGAGUGGUACUCUAUAG